UAAUCCUUGGAUGUUUAUGUUCAAUAGUUCAAUUAUCAGUUGGACUUUGAAUUUUGAGGUUAUAAGUAAUCAUUUUGAAAGUGAAUAUUUUUUUUAACAGAUUUCGUGAAUAAUAUUUUGUUAUUCAUGGCGAACAGUACAAAUUUUAAUUUGACCCACGUUCAUGAAGCAUUUUUAAAUGCAUUGGUGGAAAACGACGAUGUAGCAAUGGAUUCGUAUUUAAUUGCUUAUAAAGAACUUUUUAAAUUUUUCCAAUUGAUGGGAAGUGUAUUUUCUUUUGUGGCAUCGGAUGUAAAAGAGAAAAUUGGUAUUUUGGAAGACUUCAGAAAAAAAGAUAAAAAUGACAAUUUUCAUACUUUCAAAAAGAUGGUGGAUUUUGAAAAGGAGAACAGUUUACUUCAUUCAGAAGGCUAUGUGUCGGGGUCGCGAACUUUACUUCGACUUCAUCGAGGACUUGAUUUUAUCAGAGAAUUUCUUAAGGGAAUUGGAGAGCUUCAAGAAACUGACAAGACGUCAGCAAUUUGUCAGAAAGCCUACAACAACACACUUGCCAAACAUCAUCCUUGGGUGAUCCGAAAGUCUGCUGUUGUAGCAAUGUAUGCAUUACCAACACGGAAAGCUUUGUUGCUCAAGGUUUGUGGUGAUGAAAAUGAAGUGAAGAAAGCUACUGAGGUACUACCUGCUAUGUUAGAAGUGACAGCAGAUGCCUACAACAGAACUGAAAAACUAUUCACAGAACACAACCUGCAUGAUUUGCCUUAAGUGUUCGAAUUAUAUUCGUCUGUUCGUAAUUUUCUUAUGAAUAGUUCCUGAAUUAUUUUAUUUUGGUUUUAUGUAAAGGUUUUCUCUACAUUAAAAAUAUAUAUUCCUGCACAUUGCACUUUUAAUUAAUAAUGUUUUUUUUUUUUUGGUUUGGUUUGUAUUUUUUUUUAUUUAGUAAAAAAAUAAUAACUGGAAUUAGGAUUCCAUAAAUAAGUUUGUUGCAUUAUGUGAAUCUAGUCCAAACACAGAUGCCAUAUUUGCUCUAAGUUUUUGGUUUAUGGAUGUGGGUAGUGCUUUUUUUUAGCACAAUGUUGUUCACAUGGUAAGGGAAGCAGCUAGUGCAUUUUUAAUACUAUGAUAUUACUAUAUAUAUAUGUAUGUAUGACUAUUUGAAUCGGGAAGUGUGGAGAGAUUGUUUAUGCUAACAGCAUUGUGAUUUUAUCUGACAAAAUAGCCUCUUUUUUUUUAAUUUAUGAAUAUAUUUUAUUGCUUCCUUGGUUUAUUUUGAGUGUCAUUGCCUGUGCUCUAUUAUAGUUUAGUUUGUAUGUAUAUGCACUAAUUUAAGGUGGAAAAUUUUUUAAUUAGUAACGGUUCAUUUUGAUAUAUUGUGAACUGUUUGCAGUUUUUUGUGUGUGCCUUCAAAACUUGUCACCUUUUUACAUUCCAUGUAUGUAGUUUGGAGCAUAGUACUAAUAUUCUGUCUACAUAUAUAAAAAGUGCAAUGUCUCGAGUUAAACAUAUUUGUGUGAUUAAUUUUUCAUGUAUAGUUGUUUGUUUUAAUUUCUGAAUAAGUAAUUCUUGCCCUGCUGUAAUAUUAUGUGUAUUACAAAAAGCUAGCUUUUCUACACAAUGGUUUGUACGAGGUAGUAGCAGAUCACCCAAGAAAUUUCACUCUUCUGAUAAAGCGGACACAUUCAGAUUAAUCACAACUACGUACUCACUGUCGGAAAUAAUCAUAUCGCCUUGAAUCCCAAACACAAUACCUACAUUAGAUUAAUUAAUGUGGGUUUCUGCACUGGAAUUGAAACAAAAUAAAUCACACAACACUGCACAAGCACAUUUCAUCUUCAAGGUCAUUGUCGCAGGUUGUAGGAUGCACAGUUGAUGAUGGGGACUUAGGAUUGGUCUUCCUGUUGCUCGUUCUGGGGCCAAACUGGGUUGGGAUCUGAAGUUUGGUCGGGAUAUUAUGUCUUCUUCUUGGUCAGCAGCGUACUUUUAGGCUGUUUCCUAGGUCUCCCUUGCUGUCAGUCUCGAUCUUCCAAUUCAUUGGUAGGCGAAAUAGCUGUACCAUGAUAACGGUUUCACUCUGUUGACAUGUACUAAAAUAGAUCUAGAAGGCCGGUGAAGAGUGAGGGACUAACAUUCUUCUAACGCCAGAUAAGGUCCCUGUAGGCUUGCUUGAAUUUGUUCACGUGGUUUUUCUUCAUCACAGGUGUAGACAGAACGACUAGAAUGCCUAUUUGAAUCUUGCUUACGACAGCUUUCUUGUCGUAUGAUGAGGCUUGCUGGAGAAACGCUGUGUGGUUCCGUUUUCCACACGUUGCCGAUUUUUUUUUCGCUUGCUCAACAUGGCUGUUACUAACUUGCAAGUGUUCGUACGAGUAGAGAUUUUUAUACCUAGUAUUUCUUACUUUCUCAUGUUAAAAUAAUCUUAAAUAUCUUCCAUACAAUAUUGCAACAUAUUGACUUUCCCCUUCUGAAUUUUUUUCCAUCUCAAAAAAUGUGGGUGCUAAAAACACAUUAAGACGGAAAAUCUGAAAAGAAAACAAUUGUCGCAAACAGUAACUGAUGCAUUCACUUUAUUUUGGUAUUGUGUAGAUCAAGUCAUUUUUCAGGUGUACGAAAAAAUUUUCUUUGAAUGUUAUUAUUAAUUUUUAUUUUUGAAUCAGGUGAAAGCAUUUUUCUGGAUGUUAAAAGUUUCAGAUCACACCUUUUAGAGAGUGGAAGUACAUUACUAUAGUAAAUGUGCGACUGAUAAACAAUUUUUUUUUUAAGAUUUUUCAAAUUAAAUGGGAAAAAGUAAUUAAAGUGAAUUCAUAUGCAUUAUAAUAUCAAUAGUUAAAAUUAAUUCAUGCAGAAACAUUUUAGUUCUUAUAUGUAGUUACAAAAUUUCUGUGGUAUCUUGAAAGCAAAUUUUAGUGUUAUAUAUUACACUAACCUUAGUAACUCAAUUCAAAUUGAUCAGCUCCCUGACUCAAACUAGACUCACAAAGUUUAAAUAAAGAAACUCGGCUUGACUCAACUAACCUCACCUGGGCCGUCUACAUAUUUAUUAUUUUGUUCUUAAAAUGUGUGUGUUAAACUAAGCAGAGUAAUAAGGCUACUAAAUCAACCUCUUAAUUUCAUGGUCAUGUUUACUUUCUCUCUUAUCCAUUUCUACACUAGACAUGAGUUCAUGUUACAUAAUCAUAUUCAUCAGUUGGUUACCAAUGCUUUUCAUAUACAUUCCUUGUUUUAUGUUUAGUUCUCUGUAGAAUUUUGCAGCAUGAACAAAAUUGUCAUUCAUUUUGAGCAAUUUGUACAUUUUAUUUUCUUGGAAGUCAAACUACUACUACUAGGUUAGUGUUAAUGGUGGGUUGCAUUUAUAUAUUUGUAGUACAAUAAUAAUCGUAAUUUGUUUGUUCCAUACUAAUUGUUAGCAAAUUUAAUUUGUGCUACAUAUUUUUAUUUUUUUAGUGGAACACAUUAUUCUUAAUUGUUACUGUAUAUUUUGAUUUUGUCCCAUACAAAAUAUCAAGAACUAAGUUUAUUAUGCCAAAAAUAACAUUUCUGACUAAAAAAUAUGUAAUUGUUUUUAAUGGUCUGAAUUGCUUAUUGUAUUCUACAAAUAGUUCAUGGCUAUAGACAUUUUUAAAUACUGCCAACUGUAAUUUAUAAUGUUAGAUAGUUUUUAUCAUGCAGGAUUUUUAGCACAAAGCUACUUUUAGGAUUUGACAGAUUGUAAAUAAACAAAUACGCAAGCCAUGACCAAACAGUUUGUUUCGCAAUAUAAAAUUAUCUUAGUGUGAUUAGAAUUACAACAAAUUUUCUAACAAGUUUUACCCGUGGGUCAAACUGCAAUGCAUGAACAACUUACUUCAAGGUGCCUUGCUAAAGCUAAGCUGAAACGAUCAUAAAUUUAAGUUGAUGGCAUUUUGCUGCCCUUGACUGCUAGAGAAUACUAGAACAAAUGGUUGCCCAGUACAUUUAUUUAGAGAAAGUUUAACUGCACGCUUCAUUUUUCAUCAAAUUUUGACAGUUUUGUGGUAAAGUUUGUUGUAUAAUUAUUUUGUUUCAUGAUAGUAAUGAAUCAUUAAAAUUUUAGGCAGUAAUGUUAACUACAAUUUUAUGUGCAUUAUUUGUUUUCAUUGAGUUGACUUCAUCAUUUAGUAUAUGUAGUAUGAUAUGGUAUGCAUACAAAAAAUAUAAAUUCCAUAAAUAAUACUCAAAUCUCAAACAAAAGUAUAGUCAUAUUGAAAUGUUUUGGAACUGUCAUUUAGAUAGGGGCAUGAUUUUCUUUUUGUUAACGAACACACAUUUUGAUGUUACAUAGGCUACUUUUACAUUGCUAAACUGACAUUAAUUUUAACUUGAACGUGAUAUUUAAUAAAGUUCAGUUCAGAGUGUUACAAAUUGUGCUUUUAAUUACUUUAAUCAUAUUAGGAGUGUUGGCUUUUUAAAUUUAAUUUUUAUUGAUUUGCUGCAAGCCCAUACAGUUAUUAUACAUCAAGGAGAGUAAAUAGCAAACUUGUAUCACUCAAAUGUAUUUUUAUUUUCUUAAAGAAAUAAUUUAUUUUGGUAAUCUUACUGUUCAUUUUUUUAAAUUUUUGUUUAUCACUAUGUUCAAUUUUGUUAUUAACUUGUUCAAAACUAAUUACCAGGCAUGGUAAUUUUGAUGAGUUAAUAGUAAUGCCACUUGUAUGAAGUGCUUUCUAAUCACUAAUUUGAAUAGUAUCACACUUAGUUUUGAAAUGAGUUAAAACUUUUCUAAAAUGUUUGGUGGUUUCUUUCUUUCUUACCAAAAAAUAAAGAAUGAAUAAGGCACGUAAAUGUAAAAUAAUUAAAUGUUUUGAAUUGUCUCAAGUUGCCAGGACAGUAUAACACCUGCAGUUUACAUGUAUACUUAUACUAAUGAACAUGUAUACUUAUACUAAUGAACAUGUAUAUCACGAGUAAAUGUAGACACCAAAGAGAGAUUCAUACUGCAAACUGCUUCCAUUGAGAAAGAAAUUAAAAUUGUUUUUUUAAAGGCUUCACUAGCUAUUAAAACUUUUAGAUGAGGAACUGAAGUUUAUAUUCAUUACCACAUUGACAUCUGUGGCACAACAAUAAAAAUAACACUGCAUCAUACAAAAUGUGGUUAUGUGGUUUACGCUUUUAUAUGCUGAGACAAGUAUUUUUUUUCAGUAUCUGCUUUCUUCAGAUACUUUUUUUUUUUCAUGUUUGAUGUUUGACUUUCUUCUAAAUAAUGUAUGUAUUGUGGGAGUUUGUUGAUAACGUCAUAACCACACUUUAGUAGUAGGUAUGUAUAUUAUGUUGUAAUGCAACAAAAAAAAAAGCUACAACGAACUGACACAACAGUAAAGUAAUGUUGUGCAAGGUGAGGGGAGUAGUAGGAUUUACUGUAUAUACAAAGGUGUUUUAAUGUAUAAUAUGUUUUUGUAUUCAGUUGAAAUUGUUAAAUUUUAUCAGUAUUAAAUAUAAUUUUCGUAAAAAUAAAGUUAGCUGCAAAUAAGUUGUUAGUAGGUGUUAGUUCAUUCAUGUAGAAACUGUAUUUUAAUUGUUAAUUACCAACACAUGGCACAGUAUUUUUCAUGAAAAAGUUCAGAUCGUUAAAAUAUUUGCAGAACUUGUUGGAACAGAACUUCAGCAUUUAAAUUUUAUUUUAUGUGUACAUUUGUUGUAAUAUUUGAUUUUUGUUUAUUAUAAAAAUAUAUUUUAAAAGUUCCUUUAAAAGUAUUAUAUUUGUUAAACAUUGUUAAGUAUUAUUUAAUUAUUUGGCAUGGUAAUGGUUGUAAAAAAAUUAUGUUAUAAAUUAAACUUACUAUGUAAAGAAAACUAGAAGUGUAUUUUGUCAUGAUUCAUGUAAAACAGUUUUGUAAAAUACAUAUGUAAAUGUAUUAUUUUUUGCCUUCACAUUGAAUUAUAUUGUAGUGUAUAUUGCA